GAUCAGAGUGCAGCCGAGAGUGAGUGACACAGAAAAACGGAUACACACACACACGCGCGCACAGGGAGUUUCGAGAAAUUUUCCACUCUCUCUCUCUCCCCGAGUUUUGGUUGGGCACACGCGAUGGGCGAGAGUGGGAGUUUUCGCCGUCACUUCCGUGCUAACGUUCUUCGGGAAAGCGUGUGUGUGCGCGACACUGUUAGGGCCAUCAUCUUUCUCACCCAAGUGCUGCUGACCCACAGAAGCUCGAUCCGCCGCAUCCUAGUAACCCUGUGCUCUGUGGUGGUGUAGUAGUGUGUCAAUACGUGCGGUUGUGUGUAUGUGUCUGUUUGUCAGUGUCAUCAGUGCUGUGCGUACAAAUCUCAAGUAAAAGCUCAAAACAGAAACACCUCUCACCUCUUUGCUUCUCCGCGUUUCUGGGUGCGUGUUAGUGCAAUUGUGUUUCACACUGUGACCACAGAACCUCCGGAGAAACAACCCCCGGUGCAGAAGAAAAAGUGACACACCGUGACAACCCUGUGCAAGAGUGUUUUAGUUGGUUGUUUGGUGCCGUUACACUGUGCGGGGAUCGAAGAAGACGAACGACGCAAAGAAAAGGAGAUCGAGCGCCAACUACAACCACACACACACACACACGCCACUACUUCCGGUUUGCUUGCCAUCGCCGAGUCCCUGUGUCUCCCUUUCGCACGGCACAUUGUGUGCCUCCUCCUUUCUCUGUGUGUGUAGCUUUUCGAAUAAACUCCGGAACGUAUAAAUAUAAAAAGCGAGCCUUUUUGUGUCCCUUGUCGGUUGCAUAGGAAGCUCACUAGCAGCGGCUAAAAAGGCUCUAACUCUUUGACGUAGUCGGAAAGGAGAUAGCGGUGUGACCUCUCUCUAGGCGCAGAGCAAACAUUUUGGUGUGGUGCAAAUUGAAAUUAACGGCUUCGCAAAGUUGCGACAAAAUAACAACGACGACGACGAGCUCAGAGAACACGCAGAAAAAUAUAAAAAACGCACACACACACGACUGCAAAUCCUCGAGAGCAAACAGGAAGCAAAGAACGGCACUAAAACGCUCUAAGGACGAACGCUCUCGACGACGACGGCUGUUUGUUGUGUUUUUGCUUUGCAGGUGAAUGUAUAUUGUUGUUUGUUGUUUGUAUCCACCCUCCAGAGAGCAGCAAAAGCAAGUCUAGCAAGACAAAGGUGGUGUGACAAGGUGAAACCUUCCAGGAAGUGUACCGGAAAGCACGAGAUUGUCCUGCGGAAGUUCCAGAUUCGAGCCAUAAAUCAGGGCCAACUGUUGUUGUUGGUUGGUUAAGGAGAAGGAGAGAAAAAGCACGAAAUAGUAAGGGAAGCCGUUGGAAUGAAUCAAAUUCGUGUGCUGUAAAAAUAAAAGCAGUUGUUAAGCAGUCGUGUCCCGGUGACUUGUACAACAAGAAGAGGGAAGCGUUCUUCAGUAGUCCAUUUGUGGCAAAGCAAAGCCCGCCAAAAGAAGGAGUUCCAUGUGCUGCAUUAAAACCACUGAGCACACUUAAGCUAGCCGGAGCAGCAAAAAGCCUUUCUACUACUUUCUUCGAGUAAGCUUUUAGCUCCUACAAAUAAUUAUAGAAAGCGGGAUUUAGCGAUCCACACACACACACAUCCAUCUAAAUCAAGCGCACGCACGCACGAAUCCACAAACACAUCGAGAGAACAAGGAUAAAGUGCGCCACAACCUUUCCGUCUCUUAGCUCUCGAACCCGGUUCGUUUCUGGUUGUGGGUUCGCCCAACGGCAUCCACCACCAACCUACCCUCCCACCCCGGGCAUCAGGCUUCUUCAGCGUGCAAGGUAAAAUCCCCCCCGGCCUCACGACGGAUCCGUACCCGGCAGCACUGCACAAAAUGUCCAUACCGACCCCGGCUGGGCAGCUUGACGGGGCGGCCCUGGCGGCCCCCAAGUACGGGACGCUCAUACCGAACCGGGUGUUUGUCGGUGGAAUCAGUGGCGAUACGACGGAAGCCGAGCUGUGCCGUCUAUUUUCAUCGUACGGUAACGUCAAGUCGACCAAAAUCAUCGUGGACCGGGCCGGCGUCAGCAAAGGGUACGGUUUCGUGACGUUCGAGACGGAGCACGAGGCACAGAAGCUACAGAACGAUUGUGAUUGCAUUGUGCUGCGGGACCGCAAGCUAAACAUUGCGCCGGCCAUCAAGAAGCAGACCCUGUGCGCCACGAACGGUGCCGUGUACUAUGCUGCCACCCCGCCAACGCCAGCCAUCAACAAUAUACCGAUCGAGCAGUUCGCCACAGUCUACCCGCCCGGUGUGCCAACCAUGUAUCCUCCCACGUUGCCGUAUCAGCCGUUCUACCAGUACUACAGUGUGCCAAUGGUCCCCAAUGCUUUCCCCCCACAGAACGUUCCCACCAUCUGGCCUCAAAACUAUCAAGGAAUCUACCCGUGCUAAGCGACAGCUGCGGUGUGCGCGUACGUGGACGACAAUGAAGCAUAUAUAGAGUAAAGAAAUGAUAUAAGACUAUAAAGCGCGAACAGUUGACAGGUGAGAUCAAGUCUCAUCAUGCUAACCAUGCAACGGAAUAGCGGUGCCGCAGUAGGAAGCGGACAGGCAGCGCAGCAGCAGUAGCAGCAGCAGCAACAACAGCAACGACAACAGCAGUACCAGAAGAUCGCGAACAAAACAAAUCUUAUUUAUUAUCAGUCAGUCACAUUUAUACCGACUGCGUGGAGGUUGUAGCGCAAACCAGAAUCAGAAGAAUAUUACAAUCGAUGUAUAAACAGUAUAACUAGAAUCGGCAGACGGUUAAUGGAACCAUAGGAUAGGAGAGCGUGCUAUGAAGCCGCAGUACGAUAAGCACGAACAGUGGAACUAUGAGCGGAACGCUGAAGUACUCCGCAACAAAACAACGUGUGGUCAAUCGAACGGUGAAGCAAUAACGUUACAAACGCGUGGACAAAAAUCGGUGAGCUUAUGAGUUUGUUCUUCUGUACUUAUAGCGCAGUGCGCAUGUAGGAUGGAACCGUUUGUUGUUUUGUUCCGUUUUUUUUUUGGUAGCAGGAUACGGGCAGAUACACUUCUGGCCCCUGUCGCAGAGUAUUAUGUCGUACGAAACAAGAACGCAGCGUACUAUCAAAACCCGAAUGCGUAAUAAGCAAGGUGGCGUUAAAAGCUAGUCUUUCUACCAUGACGCGCGCUGUGUCAUGCAGCGGAUACUUAGCGAAUUGCAUUCAGCAGUGUAAGGAGCGUCAAUUUAAGCGUGCGAUCUGUCGCUGGGAGGUACGUGUGUCAUAGGGUAUCUCAUGUACGUAAACAUCGCAUGGUAUAAUCCUCAUCCGGAAGGGAAAACACAAGUCAACAAUGCUGUCUUUGCCAAACACACACUCGCACACGUUAAUGGUCCCAACAGCCGUCCCCAAAGUCGCCGACGUUGAUGGUGUGAAUGCGGAUGAUGAUGAUGUGUGGAAAAGUUUCGAUAUCAAUUCUCCUGUACACGGCGAACGCUGCACGUUCUUCGUCCCACGGGUGCAAGCGAAAGAUACUGUGACACCGAAAUGACUCGUCGAUGGAGUUGUGACUAAAGAUCUAGGGAGAAGGGGAAAAGGAGCCGUCGAUGCGCUGUCUCAUUAUACGUUAAUAUCGUCAGGGACGUAAGACGCAUACACACAUGCACGAAAGCAAUGGUUUAGAGAAGAAAAAGGAUCAGGCUGUGAAGAGAAAGGAGAGAUUUCUACCGGUUAGGAUAAUAGCAGGGCCUCGUGACCGUGAGUAAGCGAAAUGCAAAGGAUGUUGAACAUCCCGCUCCUGCUCGCGCUCUAUCGUUAGCAUCCCCCAAGAGUGUGAAUACAAAAAAAGCAACGGUAUUCGAGAAAAGGAAAACAAUAUGAUCCAACUAGAACCUAUAGGAUCAAGCAAAAAAAAGGGGCAAGGCUUUGCGCUUCCAUUUACAUCAAAAACUCAUCGCGGCACAACUCCACCGUUGGAGCGGGCGAAGGAAUGUAGCGUAGCAGCAGCGCACAGACACAUAUUCCAUCACGAUUUACUGCGCUCACAUCUCACCGAAUCGAAGUAAUUCAAACCGUCAGGGCAAAAAGUUACAUUCAGACAAGUCAACAAAGGAAAGCAGAAAAAAGUAAACCAGGAGCGGCGUACAGCAUUAACAUAGAAACACACAUUUUCCUCGGCGCACAAAAGAAGGCAUCGAGUAAUAGGUAAGCAAAGGAUAAUAUGCCUCUCUAGUCAUCUAAAGAGCGCAAAAGGAAGUGAAGGUAACACGGUGGUGUACGUUGCUUUCUGCGUUGGGUACGGCGGAAAAGUUGUAUCCACACCAACCGGAUAUGUAUACAUUCAGGCAGGGACAAACAGAGAGGAACGGUAGGGUGUGAUGCGCAAGUAAAACAAAAGCGAAACGAACUCGCUGUCUCUUACUCUCUCUCUCUCUCCCUUGACACGACGGAAGCUGUACAGGUUGAAGCGCUCACCGAAAUAUAUACGCAAGCAGGCGGCAGAAAGAUAGCAAUCCCCUUUGCAUUUUCCGGCUUGUAGCUGCAAGUCGCGAGGGAAUUUGCCCGCACCGAAGAAGAAAGGGUCCUCCUAUGCAUUUGUGUGAACAUUUUUUCUGGAUGUUCCGACUGUUGGGUGCAUCGUGGUAAGGGCAGAAGUAAAGUACUACCCGCUAGUCCAUCUAAUUUUGGAGCGUACCUCCCACGUGGUACAUUGCUGUUUAUCUUUGGGUGUGUUGCGUGUUUGCGCUCCUUCCUUUGUGGUGUUGUGGAGAUUGUUCGAUGCCAAAAAUCAAAACAAAACAAAAACUUCUCCGGAAAUAUCUUUGGCUCUAAGGCUUUGCGUACAGCAGGGAAAUUGAACGAACUUUAGUUCCUGCGCAAAAGUGAAUAUAGAAACUUUAUGUGUUGCGCGACCCGCGCUUACUGUUGGUAGACUUGGACGCUUUUGCAGGAGGACGAGCGUAAGAUGUGAGAAUAUACUGAGAUUCUACGCACAGGAGUGUUUGAUUCACGGAUCCUAACACCUAGGGCGAUAAUAAGAUUUACAUGAGUGAGAGUAGAAACUGCAUCAUUGCAAUAUUUGCUUUAGCUCGUACCCGGUUUUACGUGCGCCGCGCCCCCAUGUGGUCCGAAUGUGAUAUUCCGAUAACCGAGCAGAGGAAGAAGCACGUGCGAUAAUAUACAUAUACUACGUGGUGGUGGUUCCCCAUUCACCAUUGGUGGGUGUGUGAGCGUGUGUACGCUAGGUACGCAGCAGCCCCAGUUACUUAUACUGUGCACCGUUGAUUUCUUACCUUGUGCCAGCGACGUGGUCAAUAAUGAUGUCUUUUUAAGCCGGUUAGAACAAUGGCAAAGUAAUAUUAGCAGAAAGAUGGGGGAUAAACUCAAAUGUAUCAGCUUUUAUCCGUUUUGCAUUACCUUCUUCUUGAUGUGUGUAUGCGUAAAAAGGCGCGUUAGCACAAUGUAAUAUCAAAACUACACAAAGAUGAUUUUACCGUAACCUAUCACAAAUAGCAAUAGUCGCAGAACGACAAACUUUCACACAAAACUAAUGUGCGCUGUACGGCGCCCUUUUUAUAGUAAAGAGAAACCUCCAAUAACUCAAUAACCUACCUAGCGAGUGUAGUGCAGACGCGAAACUCAAGCCCCAUUAUUAGUAUUGCAUUCAAUAAGCUGAAGAAAAAAACACAAAGAAGACCGAUAUGUUGUGAGCCUAAAGCGCAUGUUGUUACAUUUGGUGCUAGCAUUUUGGACGCUAUUUUGCAUGAAAAAGAAAAACACAGCCACGCAAAAUGAGCUUCCGGCGUCACAUGCCGCGCGCAUCGGAAAGUGAUUGGCGAAAGCGAUCAUCCAUCAAGCCGAUCGGACCCAUAAGGCGCCCUUCCACGGAGAUGCCCAUUAGGCUGUCUUGCACGUUCUUGUUCCGCCGUGCUGCCUCUCUCUGUGUGUGUAACGGGCUGGGCAACUUUUUUGUGUGAGGUUUCUUUUUAAAGCUGUUUCCCGUGUGUGAGCCCGGGGGAGGGAAAACCCGGUCAAUGAUUGAUGAGACUUAUUACAUCGAAUUCGGAAACUGUCGGCGCUUGAUUUGAUAUGUGUAGCGCAUAUGCACGCCCAUAUACGCGGCACCAGGUGGCUGGAAUAUUAGCAAUUAAAUAGUGACACAAUUCUAACGGCACAGCUACUUAAAGGGUGGAAGCUGGUGGUGCCUAACGACGCCUUGCCGUAGAUGGUUUAUAGUUUCAAUUCAGGAUCUCUUAGACACCACCGGCCAACGGUGUACUAUAGCAGAGGAAGGCGUUUAGGAUGCUAAUUCCCUUUUCCCGUUCGUUAGCCGCGCAUCUUGCCUGACGUGUACUUUCUUGCCACCUCAGUUCGAUGAGUCGAGAUUGCCGAAAGCCCCCAAUAGUGUUUAGCUGAACUCUACUUGUUUGCUGCUGUGUGGUGGUGGUAACGUUACAUUCGUUCCACCCACGCAGCAUCCUUCCUCAUCCCCCGUAGCAGCAGCAGUCGUCUUUCGUUCAGUUUCUGCUAGCCACCCCGCUAUGAGAGGGUAUGGUAUGAGUUGAAGCUUUUUUUGAUGUCGAAUUGCCGUAGUGAUUCUGCCCGAUUUUGACGCCGAAUCGGGGGGAUGGAGGUAAGUGAAGGAUUAGCCUGUUGCCAGAGCUUAGGUGCAGCUGCGGUAAUGUGUGCGUGUGUGCAACCGGUGGCGCAAUAUUUCUGCCGUUCUGGACGCGGCGGACCUACUUAAGUAAGACAAAUGACACUCUCAAGCAAAGCAAUUGUAGCGAAUUAUAGCGGUAAGGUGCGCGUAGCAAAUGGGUCUGGAAGACUACCGGGCUACCUCGGGUGAGCGAAGAUGCGGUAAAAAGAGUGUGGUGAGGGGUCACACCUCACACCAAAUAGUGCUUGUGUGUAAUGAUUCUCUGCUGCCAUGCCACACGCUGAUAAUCAGGUUUCAUCAGUUUAAAAUCAGUUUAGUUUAGUUUAGUCACUUUGUUAUCGAUGGUUGCGAUCGAACCUCCUCCCGACGACCCCCCUUCGUUGAAUAAUCAUUAAAGCGCGGUGCAUUGUAGCACCAUUUGUUAACUCGUUUGUCCCAAAGACAAUGUUGAAAAUCGAUGCGAAUUAAGGUCGCGUUAAUGCGAACGUUAGAUUUGCGCCAAUGUCAAACCGUUAUCUCCUGCUGCUAAAUGUUUUCUGUUUUAGUUGUUGUGGCGGUGAAUAUUUUGUUGUUUUUCUGUUUUUUUUCCGUUGAUCUUCCUCGUCCUUGCUUUGAUUUCACCCAUCAGAGUGUGUGAAUGCCACCGAACCGCCGUGGUGUACACCAUGUGGUUUAGUAAUUCGAAAGGUAUGCCAAGCACACUCGCACAAGCAAUUGUUGAGCAUUUUUUUAAUUUUCACGCUGACGAAACAUUGCUAGUUUUUGUGUGGGUUGUGGGGUAAAAGUGUGGUAAUUGAUCAGUUGGGAAAGCAAAGCAUCACCACAAGAUGGAUGCAAUGUUCGGCUCACAACAACUAAUAUGCGAUAAUGAGACUGCGUCAAACGUGGUAAAAAAAUAGCACGAAAGACACAAUGCGGAGUUGGUAAAUGUAACAACAACAAAGAAGAGAAGUAAACAAGCGAAACAGGCGGCAAAGUUAUGCGGCGAACGCAGAUAACUCUUUAUUAUUUUAAGAGCAAAACCUAAACGGGAAAUAAAACUAUUGAAAGGAGGAUAAGAGUGCAUAGAGGGAAUGAAGCAACUGGAAAAGCAAACAUAACCUAACAAUCUAGUAAAUAAAAACAUACUGUAGCGAACAGAUAUAACAACACAAUCUAAACUCUUAGCGGUAGGACACACAAAGAAAGUGCAACACAUUAGAGCAAACUUUCAGCGAGAGAAGAAAAAAAACGGAUACGAGACAAAUAAAAAUACAAAUAGAAAUGCAAUAUAAGCAGCAGUAAAACCAAUUUAAUUACAUCCUUAACAAUCGCGUUAAUUGGCGAAGGUGAAAAGGAAAAGUUCUUUCACAAUUACUAGAGACAGAAAGAACAUAGUGCUCUAACCAAAUGGCGUCUAAACAUCAAUAGUAGAAACAAAAAAAACUGCAAAAAGAUUGCGAUAAAACGGAAGAAACAAAUAUUAAAGCGUACCGAUAGCACACAACAUCACAUCGAAAAAGAAAAAAAAAAGUAGCCAACAAAAAAACCGUAGCAAAACCAAAACAAAGCACCUUAAUAGAAAAGCAUGAUGCAAAUGAUGCAAACAGAUUGCAAAAAAAAACACGUAACGUCAACGCCAUCAUGCAAGCAGCAGAUGGAGCCAUUCCCCGCCUGAUGCAAGCUCAUACACCAUAGUGUGUUUGACACCAUGUGAUUGAGCUGGAUGUGAUCACAACUACACGUACAGAACAAAAUCGAUUGAAACAGCUAACGUACACUAAAUGAAACUAAUAAACCAUGAAACCACCUCCAUCAAUCGCACACAGUACAGAUCACGUCAAAAUUUCACACACACACACACAGUACAGUACAUGAAAAUGCCACACGAAAGGCGCACACGCGUUGUGCGUAGUGCACAGUUGAGAAAAUGUAUAUCAAAGGUUUCAAAACAUGCAAAAGUGCGCGAAAUGUUUUGAUAUGAAAUUUAUUGUUAUUGUUGACACAGAGCAAAGGUGUGUGUGUGUAUGUGUGCGUGUGUGUAUGUGUGUUGAUGUGAUAGAGAAAGGGUUAGAGAAAUGCUAGAUAAACAAGAAGAAUCCGGAAGAAUAAAAGCCAACCUAGGUUCCAUGGGAAAGAUGAUCUCCAACACAUCACAUAAAGCAAAAGGACAGGAAAAGCAAAGAUCUUGACUGCAGGGAAGGAUGGUCGGUUAUAAUUAAUUGUUGAACUAAGAUCGCUCAAUAUUUCUUCACACACACACACGCGCGCGCGCGCGCGCGUACAGGCACACACACACGGACACUCUUGGAGGUUGUUGAUUAGUGCAUUGUUAGGAAGAAGCGGUUCGUGUGUUAUUAUUUCAUUUUUUAAAACGGUGAAAUUAAACGUACGCAAACACACAUGAAUUGCAAAAAGGAUCUCGCCGGAAUUCAUAGCGAGCGAUUCGCGAUAAUAGGGGUUGGAAAACAGAGUAAUAAAGAAAAUGGGCGCGCUCAGCAAGAGAGAGAGAGAGAGAAAACAAACAACAACAACGCAAACAAUGCAAAACGAUUGGAAAAUCCAAAAGUAAUAUUUGUGAUAUAUUUGCCAAAACCAAAUGCAAAACAAAACUGAUAAAAGAAAGCAGCACAGCAAAAGAAGUAAUCAUUGUUUAGUGGACGUGCUCCUCCUAUACCCGGCGAACCGAACCCCGCCCGGGCGGUAUUGUUGUCAACUAGGUUAGGUUUGUUGAAAAGACCCCUUUUUGCUGUGUGCGGUGCAAAAUUUUGUGGAUACUUUUUCUUUGUUCCGUUUUUUUGUUGUUGUUUUUUGGAUAACAAAAUACGAUGGGAAAUGAAAUUCUUUUCCCAGUACGAUUGAUGCUCUCUUUGUCUAGUACAUAUUGGCAAAUCAGAUGGCUUCCAUUAGAGACACGGUGAUUGUUUGUAACUGAAGUGUUAGGGACAUCGUUUUUUUUUUCGUCAAAUAUGAUCAUCAAAGUUCAAGGAUCAUCAGAACCUCUGAUCAAACUCUCUCAUUCAUUCGCCAUUUUCAUGCACGCUUUAGUGGCAAACGAGUUUAGGCAACUUGUAGAGAGCUAUCGGUAGAAGUAUCUGUGCUUUGUUUGCAGCUUAUUCAUGGCCAUGGGAAACUGUUCGGAAUUGAACAUGAUAUCGAUAUUGAACAUGAUAUAGCAAACAGUUUGUGUACUUUAAUUGCACCUCAACUUUACAUAUGUUGGCCAUCAUGUAUCAUCUGUCUGCGCGCUUAGCAGUAAAUUGCUUGGUUCCUAAUUUGUUGCUUAUUUGCUUAUUGUCAUACAUUCAUAAAGUCAACGAUUUAACGGGUUCGUUUGGUUAAGCAAAUUGCAAUCGUUACCAUGAUUAAAACGUCUCUGCUUACUUACUAUUUGAUGCGAACGCUUCUUCUCUCUUGCCAAUCGUAUCACCACGAACACACAUCGGACGAACUGUUGUUGCUUCAUCUCAUUUUACCAAUGAUCAGUGACGAUAGAGGGAUUAGAAGAAGAAAAACAGAGAACGAAAAAGGAAGGAACCCCAUACAGAAACGUAUAAAAUCAUCCAUGUUAUAGUAGAUCAUCCAUCAGCUACAAUGCAUGGUCGUUGUUUGUGAGCCGAUUCUAGCCGGCAGACGAAAAGAUAUAACUCUUAAUUGCCCUAAAUCUAAUCUAGUGGAUCGCUGAUGGUGGCGGUUGGCGGAACGAAAAAGGACAUUUUAAAACGAAUAUAUAAUGUGCUCUAGUACGAAAACCUAAACAUGUAAGAAACCUAAGUAAACAAAUAAACAAAAGAAAAAGAAACUACACACAUACACAUUAAUAAUAUUAUCUCUAUUGAGAUAUAAAAGCAUACAUUAUUUAUUUAAAAACAAAACGGCUAGCGGUAGAUCAACGGCGCGGACAAAAGGAAGGAAGAGAUAAAGAAUAGCAGAGCGAACAAAACAAAAAAAAACAUGACGAGAAAACAAGAAAAAAGAGACAAUGUGCACGCGCAGAGAUGACAUAAUAUUGAAAUGGAAAAUCUAGCCAGACGAGAACGUGAAAAGAAUGAACUAAAGUCUAAUUUAUUUAUAUAUAAUAUACUAUAUACAGAUAAACGUAAGCAAUAAAAAACAAAAGUAGAGAAACUGAUAAGUCAACCCGACAAUGGCAAAGUAAAACUGAAAACGAAAUUUAAACCAUAAAUUAGUCGAAACGGUGUGAAGCACGGUGGCAAGCGUAAAACAGAACAGAACAGAAAAAUAACACAGAAAAACGUGUGAGAUGCAUUAUGAAAAGAGUAUAAUAAUCGAUAUAUACCAACACUUAUAUAUAUAUACAUUAAAUAUAUACAAAGUAAACGAACCCUAGAGUGUAAGGUACUAGUGAACAACACAAAAACAAAGAAAACACAAAAUGAAAGCACAUUUUAUUCCCCAUCAUUGGGAGGGGGAGAAAAAAAACACAUUCAUUACGUCAAUCUCCAUACCUCCUCAUACGGACACAUUUCACGUCACAUGAAAACACUCUUAACCAAACCACUCCCUUAGAUGGUUAGAAAUGUAAGGAAAGACACUGGAGGAAGUAAAGGAAUAAACAACUGAAAAUGCAUAAAACUCACUCAAUCUUACCAUACAACUGACACUGACAGAGACAGAGAGAGAGAGACACGUUAUCUAAUACAUCAUGUAUCGGCAGGAUGCCAACGGAAACGAUGAUAUUUUUUAAAAAUAUUAUACCUAUACACAUGCCGCGAUGGAGAAGAAAGCAUGGAAGCAGAUACUGUAACGACAAAUGAAUUGGUUUGGUUAGGAAAGGCCAACGGUUAGACAAUGAUAUGAGUGUUUGUAUGUAUAUGUGUGUGCGUUUAAGAGAGUGUGCACCGCUGGGACAACACCACCGUAGUGAAACGUCGGUAGAAACACACACACAUACGCAUUAUUGAAUAGUAAAAUUGGAAAGACGGUAGGGAUUGGGAUGCCAAUGGCUAUGAUGAAGUGAGAGUAAUAAAAUAAUUAGGAAAAUGAAAUAAUUUAUACAAUAAACAAUCCGAUAGCAACGCGGUGAAACAUUUGGAGUGAAAUCUAAAACAGUAGAAAUUGAAGGAAAUAAAAAGAAGGAGAAAAAAACAUAUAUGAUAUAUACAAAAUAACGAAUAGUAAGAAAAAAGAGAAGAAACAAAAACGAAAAAAUAAAAAAAUAAACACAAACACACACAACCCUUAACAAACUCUCUUGUAGAUGGUGCAAAACUAAAGCAAACAAAACAGACAGCCACACACCAUUCUCUUAUACAGAACAUAAACACAUGCAUAUAGUAAUAUAAUACAGAAGAACCCUGAGAACACAAACACAAACAUUAUGAAGAAACAACCUAACGGAUGAAAUAUAUUCAAACUGUCGGUGAUAUUUUUAGAUUAUAGAUAAUACGAAAGAAAGUGAAGAGAGUCUGUCAAAGGCGACAAAGACGGGCACGGUAAUAGUGGAUGGAAGUGAGCAAAAGUGAACCGGUAUAACACAUAAUAAUAUUAAAGUAAUUGAUAGCAAGUAAUAAAAUAAAUGAAAAUGAAAAGGUGAAGAAGCAAAUGGAACGAAUGACAAAAAAAAAAGAAAACCCCUCCUCCUACUAAUUAUACAACACAAACACAGAUGCACACACUUACACAAAAAAACACAUGGAAGGAAAAAUUGUGAAAUGAAUAAUUGAAAAGAAAAUGAAGUGGACUCGAAGAAGACGAAAAUAGUUGUAAAAAAACAUCUAAACAAGUUGUUUUUUUUUAUUUUCUUCUGAUUGCUUCGAGAAAAUCAGCGAAAACAAAGGCAUAUAACUGUUCCUAUCGUUUGAACUUGGAGACGUGUUUCCCUUUUGAUUGGUUUGGCAACAUAAAAACGCAAACAGGGCAGUACUAAUCUGAGGUACUACUAUUGUACGGUAUGCAAUAUUGUUCAUUUUUGGUUUGCAGCUCUUUUCGUAAAACAACUCGAGCGUCGUUAUUGUUUUCUCUUCUAUUUUUCUCUUCCUUUUGUUUGUAUCUCUUUUAAUCAGUCGUGAGAAUCUUGGUAGAGUGAGAAUAAUGGAGUUCAUCAUUUUUUUGUCGCUUCAAAACGUUAAGUUAAAUUAAUUGCACGUACAUAUGCUUUCUAUUUUGUUAUUUCAUUUUAAUCACCCAAAAAACAAGAGCGAGCUCAGCUCUGCAAAUUUUAUCAACCAAUGGACAAUAAUGAAGGGCAAAAGCAAAGGAAGGAAACGAGGGAAAAACUGAAAAUCGUGCAUCGAAAACUGGUGGUUAGACACACUUAGACACUUGGACACAAUAAUUCGGGAAAAAACGGAUCUAAAACGGUCUUCUAAAAAGCAAUUCGAUACGGAAUAGUUUUAUUUUUUUAGGUAUAUGGAAUGUUUAGGAGGGAACUAGGUUUUACACCAAAUUCAGCUACAUUAAACACAUACACACACAAAUGCAAACACAUACACAUAGUUUGUUGAACAAAAAUAGAAAAAUCUACACGCACACACAUACAAACAAACACAAACUUAAGUGAAACAAUUUUACACAUUUAUAGGAAUAUACAUAUGUAUGUAUACAAGAAAGUGGAGCAAAUAAGGAAUGAUAGCAAACAACAACACAGCGAGAAAGAAAGAAAGAAAAAGAAAACAUUGCCCUAAUGAUGGAGAUAAUGUUGCGGGUCGCGAAGCAUGCUCUUCUUCUUCCAUCAUGACCCCAUCAUGCAUUUGCCAUUGAGCAGGCAUAGUUCCACAUCGAUGUUAGUUUCUUGUUUUUUUUUGUGUUGUUUGUAUCUAUGUUCCCGUAAGACGAACUACGUGUAGCUCAAAUUGUUGCUAAUAUUUUGGGAAAAAUUGGAAAUUAGAAUGUGGGACAAUACAAAUAUGCGAUGCCAAAUUUCGUUCGAAACGCGCGAACAUUUGCUUAGCGUUGAGCGUUAAGUGAAAGGAGUUACGGGGAAAUGGGAAAAUGUUUAAUAACAGUUGUAUUAUAGACGACAUUUGUGAAGUAAAAUGGGUAAACAACCAUCGAUCAGAAGGAAAGUAAGAAAGUAAAGGAAAUAGUAAAAAUUUGAAAGCAAGUGCAAGAAAGAGGGUUUAUUUGCAUGUAGAACAAUUGAACGAGGAAUAUUAUUAUUGACAGGGCAACACACACACAUUGACACACAUACAUACACACGCACACAGACACGCAGGUGUAACUAUGGUUUUGUAACAGGAGCGCCCUUAUCGCUAAUAAUUUAUUAUAAUACCACCUUACUAAGUCGUCCCAUUACUAACUCGUUCGUUAAACUUUGCGAGCUUACUGCCCGAGACGACUGAUAAGAGUACUGAUGACUUG